AGUACGCACAAACUCAAUAUCUUGCGAUAUCGACGUCGAUUGCCAACUGGAUUUGCCGCAAUGCGGAUUGGUUUCCCGCAACCGGUUUAGCGGGGCGGGUGGAACCUUGACGGGCGCGUGGAUUUUACCCGACGAACUAUUCCGAAAGCGGUUAGGAAAUCUGCUCAUUUCUGCUCAACACGCAUGCAGCCACAGGGUUUAACUUGAUCUGCAUGUGCGAUUACAUUGGGAAUACAUUGGGAAUCAAGAAAACGGACGAAAUGCGCGAGUCUUAGCGACAGAGAGAAAGCCAAACGCCAUACAAAUGCAAAAUCAAAGAAAGAGCUGGUAAAAUGCAAGAACCCCAAAUAUAGUCAUCAGUUCGUAGUCGUGGAUCCGUGUGUACGUAUCGAGAGACACACUCAGUGUGCAUGCUCGUUCCAGUGGAUGUAUCGGCCAACGGCCAAUUCGCCCAAGAACGCGCCCGCCAACACCGAACAGAAGUAUCCCACGUUCAGCGUCAUGACGGCCAACAUCCUAGAAUCGAACAAUUUAGCUUUCCAUCCACAAUUCAUAAAACCAAAUCAUCCGACACGUACAGUAGAUAGGACACUCCCGCAAUGCACAGAAACAGCGCCGCCCGCGGCACGUCCACGCUAAACCGCCAGGGAAUGGGGCCAUGGGAGAUAUUGCGCACGACCUUGACAUUCUCCUCGACCCCCUGCGCCGUAAUCAGCGACGCAGUCUUCGCAUCCGGGUCCGCAUCAAUGCGUCCAGCCUCGCUGGUCUUGCCGGCAAUCGCGACGUAGCGACGAUUCAAGUGCGCUGCGAGCCAGUGGCGUUCCAUGAUGGCUUUGAAGGCGAUCAAGCAGCGGUCGAUAAUGGCGAGGACGAUCAGGAAAAUGCAUGUGCCGGCGUAUACUCCCGAGGAGGAGGGUGUCCAGGCGGAGGAGUAGAGUGGCGUGUCGUGGGCAUUGGUGAAGACCAUAGACAUCGUCAUUGAGGAGCUCGAUGAGGAGCUGGAAUCGCUCAUGCUGCUCAUAUCCAUUGUGCUCAUAGAGUGAUGGUCCAUCUAGGGCUGGGGUGGUGGUGGUGAUGGCUGGUAUAGAGAGCGAGCGUGAUGAAAGUGAGUAGAGGAUGAAGAAAGAUAACAAGUCAAAAAGCAAUGGCAACAAGAAGAACACCGCAAGGACCUACUCGAAACAGGGCAAGUCGUGUGGAGUAUGAAUGAGCAGAUUAAUCGCGAAAUUUAAUCGCAGUCAACGUAAAAUGCGGGACAAGCGGGGCCCGUCCAGACUUUCCGCUUCCACCAAAUGAGCACUUUAUUGAUAAGCGAUGAUUCCGGGUUUUUGCCAAUGCCGACUUUGACAUUCUAACCUUUGGAGAUACUCCAAUUUCUUCGUUGAUCUUGUGAGUCGCGUUUGAUCUUCUUCUACAAGCAGGUUAGGGAGAAAGCGCAUCUUCAACGCACUAUGCGAAAUCGCUCCGCCUAAUCCCAUUCACCACCCAACAUGGAUAUGAUGAGCGACAUGCCCAUGGGCUCAAUGUCCAUGGGCGACGGCGCUCCCAGCCUCUUGACUCUGCAACGGAUGUACUGGGCCGUUGUCGGCAGUGCCAUCGGUGCAGCAACACUCGUCAACAUCUUGAACAGGGCUUUGGCGCAGCAUCGACUACGGGACUCUUCUUUGACUCCCGCCAAACCCAAAUCCCUAUUCUUCAACACUUACGCCACCCUCACCGCAAUCGUUCGCGAAAUCAGCUACGCAACGAUUCACCCACUCACCGUGGGAAACUACACGAUCCACUUCCCUCCUCUCGGACCCGUCCUCAUCAUCCUUGCAAACCUAAUCACCAUCCUCGUCCUCUCUUUUUACAAACUAGACACCACCGACGUCUGGAAAUGGGAAGAUGUCGGUUACAGCACCGGCUUCAUGGCCAUCUGCCAACUUCCCCUGAUCUUCCUGCUGGCAGGGAGACAGAAUAUCAUCGGCUUCCUGGCCGGUAUGAGCUACGCCAAUCUGAACUGGUUUCAUCGAUGGGCUGCGCGUACGCUCUGGCUUACGGCGACGAUCCACAUGUGUUUCUGGUUCCGUGACUGGGCUCGGUACGACUAUAUCAAGUACGAGCUGUACAAUGAUGAGCUUACGAAGCGUGGGUUUGCGGCGUGGUGUAUCUUGACCUUCAUCGUGGUCACCUCGAUCCGGCCUAUUCGAGGUCUCAGCUACGAGGUGUUCGUUUUGCAACAUGUGGUCACCUUUGUCGGGUUCAUCGUUGCCGUGUGGAUGCACGCACCCAACGAGGUCAGGAUCUGGGUGUGGAUCCCGAUCGGACUGGUGGUGUUUGACCGUGUGGUACGAUAUGUCUGGGGUGCAUAUGCCAAUCUGGCCGUAUUUCACCGGAACAAGAGUGGCAAGGGGAGUCGAGUGUGGAAUCACUCGGCGACUUUCACCCCGAUGGCGGGCAACAUUACCCGGGUGACUGUGGAUAACCCGGGGAUUCAUUGGCAGGCCGGACAGCAUGUCUUCCUCACUUGCCACACGAUCGUACCAUUGCAAAGUCACCCGUUCACUAUUGCCUCACUGCCCGAUGAUGGAAAGUUGGAAUUCUUCAUCCGCGCAGAGAAUGGAGGAACGAGGCGUUUCUUCCGAUAUGCCUCGAAGAAUGACAAGGUCCUCGGAGUGGAACCUGCAGCCGCUGCACGAGGCCGAACUGUAUUUGUCGAGGGCCCGUAUGGAACUAUCCGAUCCCUGCGCCAAUUCGAUAGCGUCGUUCUCCUAGCCGGAGGCAUGGGCGCAACGUUCACAAUGCCUUUACUACGGGAUAUUGUAUCGGUCUGGACGAACGAAAGCAACGGCCAGAUCGGCCAGGGAUCCUUCCAAGCCAAGCGUUUGGCAGCGACAAAACGCAUUCGAUUUGUCUGGGUAAUCAAAUCCCGGGCUCAACUGAGUCUCUUCGAAACCCAACUACAUUCCGUCUUGGCAGACGUGGGCGAGUGCCGUCUCCGACAGCCCGAUUUCCAAAAAGAACUCGAAAUCAGCAUCUACAUCACCUGUGACGAGAAACUGGAAGCUCCUACCACGGCACCACCAUCCCUCCCACCACCUCCCCAAGCCCUUGUCACCAGAAACCUGGAUUACUCAGACGAAAAGGGCCUUUCCGCUGAAAAGGACCAUAUUUCUAUCCACUCCAUUUCCGCAGAAUCAUCAUCAACCGCUGAACCCCCGGCGGCGGUUGGCAAAGGCUGCCUCCCCGGCGGCGGAUGCUGCUGCACCACACAAAUCGAAGACGAAGAUCAAAUCAAUACUUGCGCGUGUACCUGUUCUGGACCGGUACAGUCCGAAGAGAUGAUUCCGACUCCCAACGCAGUCGAUGAGAAACCCGCCCUUUCAAAGGCGUCAACCCCAUCGCCUUCUCCCACAGUGCUAUCUGGCCGCCCCUACCCGCGAACGAUCAUCCGCAAAGUGCUCGAGAAAGCCGAGGGCGAGAGUGCCGUUGUCGUUUGCGGUCCACCUGGACUGAGUGAUGAUGUCCGUCGCAGUGUGGUUUAUCUUAGUGACGAACGGGCGGUGCAUAAGGGGACGGGGGCGCAGGGUAUCUAUUUGCAUGUCGAGAAUUUUGGGUAUUAGGAGGAUUAUGCUGUAUGGCUGGUGUUUAUAUUUUUAGGUGCAUGAAGGGCGUUGCGUCAAGUAGGUCGUCGGUAAUGUUUGGUAGACGGGGGAAAGGUACCUAGACUUUGUGUCGUCUAAUUGGUGUUCUAUCAACUGUGAAUCGAAGAAUAGU